AUGCAGCAGGAGGACCAUUACAACCAACAUCACUCGACUGCUUAUGCAGCGGGAGGACUGAAUUACAAAUUAUCAGAUAUAGGCAGCAAGCCAGCCUCUUCCACUUUUCAACGGGAUAUGAGAUUACAAUCCAGAAUGGAUUCAGAGAAAAGUGCCACAAACUUACAAGAUGUAUCGCCAACAGCAAGAAGGAAGAUUGAACCAGUACCCAAAAUGAUCAGUCGCUCAGGCAGAGAGAUCACACCUCAACAGUCUCUUGGGGCUGCAGACAACAUCAUGCUAAAAUCUGAGAGAAAAGAUAACUUUGUCAACUUCCCAACACACAGUAAGAAGAUAACUCAACAUGAAUAUGAGAUUGCUACUUCUGAUGGAAAGAAAACCGUCACUAAAAGAAAAAGGACGAGGAGUACAGUUAUGUUGGAGUCAUCAGCUGAUAUGGAAGAAAGUCGAAAGAAAGUCAAAGCUAGACAAAAGUUGACAAAUCAGAGAAAGGGUGUGAAAGCAUCGCACAUGCGUCCAUCAACUAUAGGUGACAUGUUUGGAGGUGGAUCAUUGGACCCGUAUGCCUUUGAUUGAUAGUAAGUUAUACCAACUGCAUCAAAAAACUUAACUAUGUCCAAUUUUAAAACACAAUAUCUCAUCAAAUGACGUCCAUCAACUAUAGGCAACUUGUUUUGAGGCAAUCCAUAUACAGAAGAUACUCAUGCUUUCAAUUGACGAUACACACUCGAUGUGAAAUGUUUAUUGGGGAAUCAUGCUUGGAUUAUACCUUCAAAAAUGAUUUGGCUGCUGAAGGUUAUGCAUCGGCAAAUUUCCAACACAUUGGAAUAUUCUUGGUCAAAAUAGAAACUUCCAAGGAAUAAACAAUCCCAAGAGUGAACUUUAUAUACUUUUAAGGUUAAAUAAACUAAUAUUCUUGGCAUACUUGGUGGUAGCCUCAUAAAUAUGGUUGCAUGCAUAUAUCUGAAUGGACCAAUUAAAUGGUUGACUGUGGAGCCUCGAGAGAAUCUGAAAAUCAUGAAUUUUGGAUUCCACAUAUUUGCUGUUACUGAGUGGUAUUGCAAUUUAGAAUCUGCUUUUCUAGUGUACAUAUGGAUUCAAUCAUUUUAGAUAAAUCAAAAUGUGAAAACGAA